UACUUCGUCUCAUGUCCACUGCCUGUCCCUCCUCCUCCUCCUCCUCCUCCUCUUCAUCCUCUUCAUCCUCCCCACGCCCCGCCUUUCCCUUCCACUGUGACGAUCCGCUCCUUUCUACCAUUCAUUUCUUCAGCCGAUGUUCCCCUGUCUUCGUGGGCUUGUGUUGGGGGUUUACUGUGUGAGCUGUCGACUCUGGCUCCAGCUUGUUUGAACAACAUGGGGGUUUAAGGGACCAGGGAGGAAGGGAGACAAGGAGCAAAGCAAAGGGACCUCCGCAUCUUUCUCUUCGCAUCUCCUCAUCCUCCUGCUGCUGUGGGGCUGGAGAGGACCAUGCAUCACCUCAGACCAUGGCGAGCUCUGCUGCUUCUCACCGUGCUGUGCCAAACAGGGCUCUCGGACAAAUACGGUUGCCUGUUUGAAAGAAAACUGUGCACGAGGGAUCAGUUCUGCUCAGAUGACGGGCUGUUUGGUCAGUGCCACAGCUCUAAACAGGACCAGGUCCAGUACCAGGUGUCAGUUCCUGUUCUGAAGAGGAUGCAGGAAGUCCUCAAACAGCUCAUGCUCCAAGGUCUUUCAUGGCAGGAUGACAUCACCCAGUACAUUUUAUCAAAGGAGCUGAAGAGAGUUCCUCGCACCAGCAUCCCCUCGAAGCCAAAGUCUUCCUCCACCUCUCAUUCACCUCAGUCCAAACAGCACGUCCCCAGUCACCACAGGUCGGGGUCCACAUCUCCUGAUGGCAACUACAUGGACUACAUGAUCGUUGAGCCUCCUCAAUCUCAAAUGCGCAUGGAGACUGCAUCCAUGGACCCGUACACAUACCACCAGCACAGGUACCAAGACGAGGUAGAGAGAUCUCUCAUAGGGGCGGGAGUCAACUACGCCCGCCCCUCCUCAAGGUCCCAGGCCAAUCAGAGGGAGCGAGAGCGAGAACGAGAGCGAGAGCGAGAGCAGCGUGACAGGCAGCUGCUACAGGAGGCCUUGUCUGUCUACCUGGCGUCUGCACAGCCCACGUAUCGCCACCGGGGGGCUGCUGCCAUGGCCCCUGCAGCUCUGCCUUACUAUGAGGACUUGGAACUGGAGAUACCAGUGGACUAUGUGGAGGACUACACCCUAGAGGAGAGACUUGGCACUGCAGGCAGACCGCGAAUGCAGAACGAGAAGGUUGCUCAGGACUUCAGCGCUGUGCCUGCAAACGACAAUGGCUUGCUCCAGAGGAUUUCGGGGGUCUUGCAGAGGUACGGAGUCGACCCCAGAGAGCUGAGUCAGGAGCAGCUCUACAGGCUCGCACUCAUGCUGCAGCUGCUGCAGGCCCAAGAGAAAGAGGAUCCAAUGGAGAAGGACCUCUUCACCCUCAAGGAGAUGCCGAUGGUGAAAACAAACAGUCAAAUAUCCAACAAGCCGCAGAAGCCUGCUCCUGUUGCCGGGCUGGCCGCUGCCUCUCCUGCUGCCCCCUCCUCUGCCUCAGUCCCGGCUACACCUCCAGCCAAGAUCCCCAGCCGCCCCUCCUCUGCUCCUCAGCCUCCGCAGGUCUCUCCUGCAGCGCCUGGACAAGGCCUGAAGGAUCAGGGGCCGCCACUGGUUGAGGGCAUGGGAGCCAAGGAGGAGUAUGGGUACAUCGUCACCAACCAGAGUCCUCUGGGUCUGUAUGAUGGCGUGAAGCUGUUGGAACUACUGGCUGAUAAGAUUCACCUGACCACCAGCAGCUUCAUCAACAUCAGUGUGGUGGGUCCUGUGCUGACGUUCCGUAUCCGCCAGAAUGAACACAACAUGACUGCCGGAGAGGUGGCUGCUAAAGCUGUGUCUGAAAAGAAGUUCCUGGAGUCUGAGACGGGCUUGAAGAUCAUACAGACCGGCGUGGGAGAGAGGACAGAUGCACGGGGUCUCCCUCAGGUAACCAGGGUUUCCCAGGGCUCCAGUGGCACGGUUAUCACCCUGGUUUCCAUGGCAGUCGUAGGCGGCGUGCUGGUAUUGGCCACGGCCGUAGCUUGUCUGAGGCACUACGCUCAGCAGGUGACCAAUGGCAAGAUCGGCCUGGGGCCAGAGGCAGGAGCAGAAACACACUUCGACUACCAGGAGCUAUGUCGGCAGCACAUGGCCUCCAAGUCCUCCUCGUCCCGCCAGGACUGCAUGGGCGGGGCGAGCAGCAGCGUGGCGGGGGCCGUCAUAGGCACGGGCGCCGGGGGCCGCCGCGGCACCGACACGUCUCGCGUCAGCAGCGUCUCCUCCCAGUUCAGCGAUGGUCCGCAGCACAGCCCGUCCUCCACCCACAGCUCCACCCCGUCCUGGAGCGAAGAGCCGGCCCAGUCCAACAUGGACAUCUCCACCGGUCACAUGAUACUAGCUUAUAUGGAGGACCACCUGCGUAACAAGGACCGUCUUCAGAAGGAGUGGGAGGCUUUGUGCUCCUACCAGGCUGAACCCAGCUCCGUGGCUGUGGCCCAAGGCCCGAGCAACAGGGACAAAAACAGACACGCUGCGUCCCUCCCCUAUGACCACUCCCGGGUGAAGCUGAAGUCUGAAGUAAACUCCAACAAGCAAGAUUACAUCAACGCUAGCGCCAUCUCUGACCACGACCCUCGCCAACCAGCUUACAUUGCCACUCAGGGACCUCUGCCCCACACUGUUGCUGAUUUCUGGCAGAUGGUGUGGGAGAACGGCUGCACAGUGAUCGUGAUGAUGUCAGCGCUGGUGGAGGAUGGGGAGAAGCAGUGCGAGCGAUACUGGCCUGACGAGGGCUCAGCGCUCUUCCACAUCUAUGAGGUGAACCUGGUGUCGGAGCACAUCUGGUGUAAGGACUUCCUGGUGCGCAGCUUCUACCUGAAGAACGUCCAGACCCAGGAGACCAGGACCUUGACCCAGUUCCACCUGCUGAGCUGGCCGGCCAACGGCAUCCCCACCUCCACACGGCCGCUGCUGGACUUCCGCAGGAAGGUGAACAAAUGCUACAGAGGUCGCUCCUGCCCAAUCAUCGUUCACUGCAGCGAUGGCAUCAGCAGGACUGGCACGUACAUCCUCAUUGACAUGGUGCUGAACCGCAUGGCCAAAGGAGUGAAGGAGAUUGACAUCGCAGCCACACUGGAGCACAUCAGAGACCAGAGAGCUGGCCUGGUCCACACCAAGGACCAGUUUGAGUUUGCGCUGACAGCAGUAGCAGAGGAGGUGAACGCCAUCUUGAAAGCGCUGCCACAGUGAGCGGCGAGGACGCACUGAGGGACACACACAGACAGAGAGAGAAGAAGACCCGCUCCGAAGGACCCACUGGUGCAGCCCAGCCAUGUGGCGUUCACUGUAAAUAGGAAUUUGCUCCACCACACUUGUUUUCAGCAUGCAGUAUUUUGACAUCUACUCACCGUUUGGGUUUUUUAAACUUUUGGAGCUUGAUUUUACGAGAAGUAAAUUAAAUGAAGCCGAUGCACAUAUGGAGAGAGGAGAGAUUUUUCACCAUUAAGGCACAAAUUUGAGUCUUUUCUGUAAAAUUUUGAAAAUGAGGCCGUUACAUGUGAAAUCCAAAGAGUAAGGACGUGAAGAUACUGUGCUGGUGUGAAUCCUGAUUCCACAGUGCAGAACAGGGGCCUAUUUGUUGUGUAGUAACACAAUCAGAGGGGAUGUCAUUCAUCUCUGUAUGAUUGUAACAACACAAUAUUAAACACCGCUGACCGGUUUGAUCACGUCGUUACCUCACGAUUACCUCAAAUAAACAGAAUCAUUGCCUCCAACACUGAGGGUUUGCUUUAGCCGUUCCGCUGAAUGUUUCAAAUUCAACAGACUCACGUUAAAAUAAUGUUAAAUCCCUUAAAAACACAGCUCUUACCGAUGCACACCAAGGUUUCUUCUCUCCGCUGAACUCUCUGAGUGUAUAUUGUUACAUGUCCACCACAACACUGUAUGCUACCGUCUAAAUGUGUGUUGAUUCCCAGCAGGUUUUCAUUUUGAGAGGCUCCUCUUCGCUUUUGACGACAUGAUUGUUUGACACUGUACUCGAAGUCCACCACAAAGUACACACGCACACACACACAUACACUAAGUAAUAUGUUAUGGCAUUUUCUUGUCUUGCUCAGUGUGAGUCCUUGUGAUUAAUGUAAAUAAUUCAUCCUGAUGGUUGUGUAUCUUUCAUGUAGCAGACAGAUGGAAAAUAUCUAUAAAAAUGUAUUUUUGACUGGAAAUUAAUAAAUUUGUGAUGUGACGCAGCAGAA